AUGUUCAAAUACACCUUCCAGAGUAACUUCAGCUUGGGAGAAGGUGAUGAGAGUAGGGAGAAGGGUGAUGAGAGUAAAGAGAAGGGUGAUGAGAGUAGGGAGAAGGUUGAUGAGAGUAGGGGGAAAGGUGAUGAGAGUAGAGAGAAGAAUGAUGAGAGUAGGGAGAAGGGUGAUGAGAGUAGGGAGAAGGUGAUGAGAGUAGGGAGAAAGGUGAUGAGAGUAGGGAGAAAGGUGAUGGGAAUAGGGAGAAGGGUGAUGAGAGUAGGGAGAAGGAAGAUAAGAGUAGGGAGAAGGGAGAUGAGAGAUGAUGCUUGCGACCCUCCCACGCCCUUGCUGGCUUGA